AUGCCUCUUAGUAUUCCAACAUCCUGUGAACAACGUAAGAAAGCGGACAGUUGCCGUGUUGCAGUCAAAUUCUAUUAUCAUGACCGAAGAUAUGAUGUAGAAUUUGAUACAUCAUUUGGUAAUCAAUAUUAUCGAUAUUUUUAUAUUCUACCGACAAACUAUUUAUCUUAUACAGCUAUGUAUGCUUGUAUUGAUAAUGAUAAUUGUGCAAUCGACUUCGCCAGCAAGAAAGUACUCGAUCUUUCAAGUCGAACGUUCAAUGUUAGCAGUCAAUUAAGUAGUUUUCUUCUUGAAGAUCGACAACCUUUUAAUUCAACACUUCGCUGUUAUGACAAUGAAGAAUGUGUUUCCGGUGUAUGCCAAAUCAAAUAUAACACCGAUAAUAACAAAAUGGAUAAAAGAGGCUGUGCAACGGAUGGGAUCGCACGAGUGUUUGUAUCCGACGGUAGUUCACUUCCUUCAUUUGAUAUUGAGUGUAAUCGAACGAAAUGCAAUUCACCCGAAACUUACAACGAGGUGAAAGAAAUCCUCUUUCGACACAAUCUCACUGAUAUCAAUGGUCGAAUUAAUAGUGGACAAAAAUCAUGUGUAUCACCAUUUCUUUUAAUAGUUAUUUCUCAUUUAUUUGUUUUUUUCUUUUAA